AACCAACAAAAUACACAAUUCCAACAUAAGAGGAAAACCAAUUUCUUUUCCUAUUCUGUGUGUUCUUCUUAACCAACACGAACUGGGACUCUGAUUUUUGAGAACAAAAACCUUCCGAAUACGAGCAAAGCCACACAAACCAGAAAAGCAAAGAGAGAGAGAGAGAGAGAUGGAUUUUGAGCUGAGGAGAGCGAGAGAGAAGCUGGACAAGGAGCAGAAGGAGAGGAAAGAGACGGCGAGGAAGAAAUUGGAAAGGGAGAGAAAGGGUAAAGAAGAAGCUAAGAAGCAAAGAGAAGCCAUUGAUGCUGAGAGAUCCAGACGCCUCUUCGAUGCCGCCCAAGCCCAGCUUAAGGUUGAUGAACAAAUGCAAGAAAGUCUACUGGUCGGACGAGGAAUCAUGUUUUACCGUGUAUUGGAAGCAGUACCUUUUCAGGGUAGUGGAGAUAAGAUCAAGCUGCCAUCUUCCUGCUUCAAUGAAUUGCAAGAACAAGGUGCUUUUGAUCAGGGACCUUUAUACUUUAAAUUGUCGUCAGUUCAUCAAGAGGCUUCUUCAGAAAUGAUUGAUGCUGAUAAGGAGAAGGGUAGGAGCACCCAUUCAGGUGUUUUGGAGUUCACUGCAGAGGAGGGUUUUGUUGGCCUCCCCCCUCAUGUAUGGCAGAAUUUAUUUCCAGCAGAGACACCAAGUAUUCCUCUGAUAGAAGUUCGCUAUGUCUGGCUGUCUAAAGGGACUUAUGCAAAACUUCAACCUCUUCGGGCAGGUUUUUCAGACUUGCCCAAUCACAAGGCCAUCCUUGAAACAAGCCUUCGUCAGCAUGCAACCCUUUCUGAAGAUGAUAUAUUUAUAGUCAACUAUGGGGAGCUGGUAUAUAAGUUACAGGUCCUUGAAUUAAAACCCUCCUCAAGUGUAUCUGUUCUAGAAACAGAUAUUGAAGUUGACAUAGUUGGUGCUGAUACAGCUUCAGAAAAGACUCAUGAGAAUGUCCUAAAACCACUUACAUUUGGAACAUCAGAAUCUGGAAUGGUUGAUGAAGGGAACUACACGUAUUACAAGUUCUCAAUAGAUAAUAAUACUUGGGAGAAAAUUGCUUCGGUAGAUGCGAAAGUUGAGGUGAGAAUAGACGCAGAGCCAAAUUCUGGGGAUACUGAUAUUUAUAUUUCCAAGCAUCCUCUCAUAUUCCCAACAAGGCACCAGCAUGAAUGGUCAUCUCAUGACAUUGGUUCGAAGGUAUUGAUCCUUAGCUCUAAAGAUAAGAGCUUGGAAGCAGGAACUUACAGUGUUGGUAUUUAUGGUUUUAAGGGAACAACUAAGUACCAAGUAUCUGUGAAUGUUCAAGAUGACAGUAAUCGGAAGGUAGGUCAGCAGGCUGUGUCUUCCUCGUCAUCAAUGGAGAUGGAUACUGUAGAGUGUAAGAAUUGUAAACGUUAUAUACCCAGUCGGACUAUAGGACUUCAUGAAGCCUAUUGUAGCAGGCAUAAUGUUGUUUGUCAGCACGCUGGUUGUGGAGUUGUUCUUAGGGUUGAGGAGGCCAAGAAUCAUGUGCAUUGUCAGAAAUGUGGGCAAGCUUUUCACCAGGGAGAAAUGGAAAAGCACAUGACAGUUUUCCAUGAGCCGCUUCACUGCCCCUGUGGAAUUGUGCUUGAGAAGGAAGAGAUGGUGCAACACCAAGCCUCAGUUUGCCCCCUGCGCCUUAUUGCGUGUCGGUUCUGUGGGGACAUGGUUCACGCUGGAAGUUCUGCUUUAGAUGUGCGGGACAGAUUGAGAGGAUUGUCUGAGCACGAGAGUGCAUGCGGGUCGAGAACUGCCCCGUGUGAUUCAUGUGGGCGUUCUGUCAUGUUGAAGGACAUGGACAUCCAUCGGGUUGCUGUGCAUCAGAAGAAUUAAAGCCAGGCAUGAGUUCCCAGUUUCCCUGCAUUGUCAAAGCCUGCUUGUGUGUUUGAAUUGUGCCCUUGUAAAAUAUAAUUGCUGCUAUGUAUUGACCUGAGAUAAAGGAAUAAAAGGAAGGAGAGCCAAGAUCUGAUUGUAUUAUAUGAUUAUUCAACUGUAUCUUUUAUGCAUAUGAAAAUGGAUCUAAUGUUUAUGUUGGACAUAGAAUGAAGCAAAGAAUUGAGAAAAAAAAAAUUAUUUAAUGAGAAA